AUGCCUAAUAUCAAAGUAUUUGGUGGUUCGUCACAUCCGGAAUUAACAAAAUUAAUAUGUGCCAGAUUGGGCUUGGAACCGGGAAGAGUGAUAACAAAAAAAUUUAGUAACAGAGAAACAAGUGUUGAAAUCAAUGAAUCUGUACGUGGUGAAGAUGUAUUCAUUGUUCAAAGUGGAUGUGGUGAAAUUAACGAUAAUUUAAUGGAAUUAUUGAUUAUGAUAAAUGCUUGUAAAAUAGCGUCGGCAUCGAGAGUGACGGCUGUUAUACCGUGUUUUCCAUAUGCCAGACAAGAUAGAAAGGAUAAAAGUCGUGCUCCAAUUUCAGCUAAGUUAGUUGCAAAUAUGUUAAGUGUAUCUGGUGCCGAUCAUAUUAUAACAAUGGAUUUACAUGCAUCACAAAUUCAGGGUUUUUUUGAUAUACCUGUUGAUAAUUUGUUUGCUGAGCCAGCUGUUAUUAGAUGGAUAUCGUUACAUAUCCAAGAUUAUAAAAAUGCCGUUAUUGUUAGUCCAGAUGCUGGAGGUGCAAAACGUGUUACAUCCAUAGCCGAUCGUUUAAAUAUCGAUUUUGCGUUGAUUCAUAAAGAACGUAAACGUGCAAGUGAGAUUGAUUCAAUGGUGCUUGUGGGUGAUGUUAAAAACAGAAUUGCUAUAUUGGUUGAUGAUAUGGCUGAUACUUGUGGAACAUUUGAAUGUGCAUCCCAAAAGCUGUUAAAUGCUGGAGCAAGUAAAAUUUAUGCAAUUUGUUCACACGGCAUAUUUAGUGGUCCAGCUAUUAGUCGUAUUAACAAUUCGCCAUUUGAAGCGGUUGUUGUUACAAAUACGAUUCCACAAGAUGAAAAUAUGAAAAAUUCAAAUAAAGUGCAAGUAAGCAAGAAAUGUUAUGCUGUUUGAAUGACUAUGAUUAAACAAGAAAAAGUAUGACCUGACCAGAAUGUUUAUCUUUUUCUAUUCUUACAGGUAAUCGAUGUGUCAAUGAUGUUUUCUGAAGCAAUACGUCGUACCCAUAAUGGUGAAUCUGUUUCUUACUUAUUCACGCAAAUGCCUUUAUAAAAACGUUUUUUUCUAUACUGUUUUUUCUAACUACUUGUUUGGAGAAUGUCUGUUUAAUCGAAUAUUUUUCUUUCUUUUUGUAUGUUCCUUUAUUUUGAAGUGAAAUAUAUAUACAUGUGAUAACUUUUGUAUGUUAAGUGAGUCAGUCUUUGUAUUUACUCUAUCUUUUGUACGUCCUAUUUUGUUCUUUAUUUGCUGUGCACGAUGUGCUAUGCAAUGAUAUCUCAUUUUUUUUGUUUAAAAGUGAGAGACAAUUAAAACACUAUGCUUUUCGACUUUCGUGCUACUUAUAUAGUUUAGAAAAAUGAAAUAUAAGAAUCUGUUGCUUCAAAGUACCACAUAGUAUCUUUGGUAUGGAUUUUAUUCGAAUUUACCUCUUUACGAUCCGUAAAUUCAACCAAUGUUGACAACUAUAUUCGAAUCGCUCGAAUUCGCACAGUUCCAUUUGGGCUGUAACUUUCAUAUAUCGAGAAUAUUUCGUUCUGGUGCAAAAAGAAAAAUAUCAAAAAAACGAUUGUUGGUGUUUUUUGACCAAAAACCUUUCAGUAUUUCUGAACUCUCCAAGAUGUAAACAUCUCAAUAUUUUCUCUUAAUCAAACAAAGUGUGUUUGUUUUCGUUAUUCUGUCUUUUUCUAAUCAGACAUAUUCUGAACAUAAAAUUGUUAGCUCAGCGACUUGUGUUGGUUUAACUAGCUGUAUGGCCGUUUGAUAAUAAGGCCUUCUUCAAGAUAAUAACUUGGCUAAAAUGCCAUUUCAAUAAAUUUGUUUUCAUAGUAAUUGAAAAAGCGAUUGUGAAACAAAUGUAUCAUGCUGAUUAUUUAUUGAGGUCGAGUUUGAAAUAAAAUAUAAUUUUAAUUGCCUAUUGAAGUAUUUUUCACAACAAAAUGUGAGCAGAUACCUGUUUAAAUUACAUCUAUGAUUGAUGGUCAAAAUAAGAUUCAAUGAAUCGAUUGUAAACUGACAAAAUCACGAUUGAACCGUUAACCACUUUCAUUUAAUGUCAAACCCUAGCGACGAUCAUUUUAUUUGAGCUGUUUUCGCUGAAUGUCUAUAUUAGACUGACGAAGGAACAUUCCUAGCUGUUCAACCCCGAUUUCUUUCAGACAUACAUCAAUCGAUAGCCUAUAUCGAGAUAGUAAAAAGCCUAAAAGGAUUUAUUCUCAUGGAUCUUGAAGACCCGGUUUUCUGGAAAAUCAGUUUUCAGAAACUCUAAAAAAAUAACCAACACAUUUCUUAAUAAGGCAUGAUUGUAGCCCGGAAAGUUCUGAUUAAAAUGAGACGUCUCCCA